AUGGAAUUCCUAGCAAUAAUUGUAAAAGUUUAUUUAAGGAUUACGAAAAUGUUAUUAAUUCAAAAAGAACUGAAUGGGAAAUAUUUGUUAAGCAUUUUGAUAGGAAGAAAAGUGGUUAUAUUGCAGCAAAUGGAUCAACACCUGAAACUUAUUUAAAAGAAAAAUGUCCUGAAUGUGAUUGUGCAAAAAUUAAUUUAAAUGAUAUAUUUCAAAAAGAAUAUAAUAUACAAAGUUUAUUAAAAGAACUAAUUGAUCCACAAACAUCCGAAAGUGUAUCGACAAAUAUAUCUCCAGUAGUGCAACCGACUGGUCAAGAAAACACUGAACAAACAAGUGUAUCAACAACUCAAGAAGAACAACAACCACAAGAAGAAGAACAACAACCACAAGAAGAAGAACAACAACCACAAGAAGAAGAACAACAACAACCACAACCCCAAAAUAUACAAAGGGAAGAUAAUAAUGACAAUAUUUUAGGAUGGGAAUUUGGUCCUGUUGCAGAUCCUGGUACAAAUCCAUAUAUUUCGUCUGGAGAAAAAAAUUCUCUGGAACUAAUAAAUUUAACAUCAUGGGAUAAAGAGGAUAUAAUCAAACAAAAUGAGGAUGUAAAAGAAGAAUUCGAAGAAGAGCAAGCUGAAGAAGAAUUACAAGAAGAAAUAGAAGAAGAACAAGAUGAGUUACAGGAAGAAUUACAACAAGAAGAAAUAGAAGAAGAACAAGAUGAGUUACAGGAAGAAUUACAAGAAGAACAAGAUGAGGAAGAAGAUAAAUCCAAUAAAGAAGGAGAACAAGAGAAAAAGACAGAAGAUGAGAAAAAAGAAGAAACAAUUGAUUCCUCAGAUGAUAAGAAUGCUCAUGAAUCAUUAUCUAUAGGUUUUAAUAAUAAUAUGGAAAUAAAAAAGGAUGCUGCCUCUAUUGUGAAAGACCUAUUUAGUUUGUUUAAAGAAAAAAAUACUUUUGAAGAUCUUUUAAAAGAUUUAACAGGAGAUUUAGCCUCUUUAUUUCAAAAACAAUAA